AUGGACUUUGUUACAUCGACAGGUAAACUUGAUGACGAAGGGUACUGCAACACUUUCAGUGAUGGCCAAUGGAAGCUCACCAAGGGUGCUAUGGUUGUGGCUCAUGGCAUGAAGCACUCUGCAUUGUACAUUCUACAAGAAAAGAUCUCCAACGACAUAGUUAAUGCGAUGGAGGAUAAUGGAAGAGAGCACUGGAAUCCAGUGAAGUGGAUCAUGAGCUUGGCAAUCGAGACUUCAGAAGUGCAUUACUUUUCUACGACAGAGGCAGAGUUCAUUGCAGCAACGAAAGCAACUAAAGAGUUGUUAUGGGCAAAUAAGUUCUUGAGAGAACUUGGUUUCGAGCAGCAUAAGUAUGUGUUGUUGUUUGAUAGCCAGAGUGCUAUUCAUCUUGCUUAG